GAAGCUGCCAUGCUCUCCACUGGUUGCAUGCUCAACCUUGGACCUGUGAUGAAUGGGAUCGUGCUGAUGAAAGCCUUCCUCAUCGAGCUCUGCAACAGAUUGACCAAUACAGCCAAGAACGAGGAGACCAUGCAAGCGGCAAAGGCCAUGGGAUGGUUGACAGAAUCGGGGGAGUGGAAGACACUCAAGUGGGAUCCUACACUCAAAAAGCUUCAGGAGGUUCCGGAUGCACCGACCAAGACUACGGAGAGGCUGAUUCUGGAAGCUACGGAGUUACGCAAGACCAUCAAUGCCGAGAAUCUCUACAGAUUCCAGUCGAUCUAUGGGCUCCGCAAGGAUCAUCAGACUUCCUGGGUCAAACUGGCGAUCGAAGUCUCGCUCAGGGAUCAAGGAGAACAAGAUGGAACAUCUUGCGGGGUUGGAUCGGAUCAGCUGCGCUUCACACCAUGGGCUGUCGGCUUCGGAAGGAAAGCGGGGGCCUUUCCUACCAGGCUCAGCUGCUUCGUUGGUAGGCACAGGCCACGUGGAUUGCGAACCAAUGUCUGA